AUGUCCACCGAUCUGUUGGGAUCUGCUUUCAUUGUCCGUGUUGGUGUCACAUGUCUUGCCAGGUACAAGAACCUGUCGUUCACGGUGUGGGACGUCGGAGGCCAGGACAAGAUUCGCCCUCUGUGGCGCCACUACUAUCAGGGCACAAACGGCCUGAUCUACGUCGUUGACAGCAACGACCGGGAUCGCAUCGAAGACGCCCGCGAGGAGCUCAACAAGAUGCUGAACGAAGACGAGAUGCGCGAUGCAGUCGUCCUGGUCUUUGCAAACAAGCAGGACCUGCCGAAUGCAAUGACUGCGGCCGAAGUUACCGAGAAGCUCGGACUGCACAACCUGCGCCAUCGUCAAUGGUUCAUCCAGUCCGCCUGCGCCACCACCGGAGACGGUCUGUACGAGGGUCUGGACUGGCUCUCCCGCACGUUGUCCUCAAAGCGAUAA